CAUAUAAAGAGAGCUACUAGUAUUUGAAGCCAGAAGAUGAAACAAUACUAAUUCAAAGAUAAUGUACAGUGUUUGCUCAUUUGCACAAGAAACCCCCACAAAAAGUGUUCUGUAUUGCAGUUAUUGUACGGUUGACUUCAAAGAAAAACUCGCCGGGUCAUGUCACAAAUUAUUAUAUGCAUGAUUGUAUGGGGGUAAUAAAGUUUUGAAUAUCCCAGUCAAAAUGGACCCUCGUCAGUGUUGUGAAUCGGUCUGUGAACCAAACACAGUGUCUAGAUUUGUGAGAAUAUUUCCAAAAGCAGCUUUAUUUUUUCUUGUUCUCCACAUUGUAAUAAUGAUAAUUACAGUGAUAGGCUUUGCUAAUCGUAAAGACACCGCACCAGCAGUGAUCCUUACACCUCCAGAGGAUGACCUUGGGUUUGUGAAACUUCCUCAUCAACCAGCUGGAGAUAAUAAGAGUAAGAAAAAAAAGAACAGAGAAGACCAGGAAAAAAGAGUAGAUGUUGUGCGAUUAGUCGAUGAUUAAUUACAACCUAUAGUCUCACGGCUGGGGAUUUUUUUAUUGUGAUUUUUUUUAACCAUUAACAAAAUGUUAUCUGUGUGAUUUGUUUGUAUGCACCUGUAUUGGGUUUGACUUCGUUUCUUUUUUUACCUAUUCAGUGACACUUAGAAAUAUUUGUAAGGAACACAUUAUCUAUCUCUUAUUCCCCUUAUGUUACAUUUAUAACUCAAUUUCUUCAUUUCCUAUCUUUUUCCACUUACCUUAUUAUUAUUUUUUUAAUAUACGUGUAUAUAAAGAAUUGCGUAUCAUGUUGCUUUAAAAAAAUGUAU